CUACCCCGUCUUCCGUUAGGUUACGCUAACCCUACCGUCCUCCACAGCCCCCACCCCACGUCUACCCCUACCCUAACGCCUAUACCGUUUUUCCCCAUCUACAUUAUCUCUCAAAAACGGUAUAGUCACCGAUAUACCCCUAUACUACUGGUGGUGCAUGUUUGCCAGUUUGGACCUGGAAUGGACUUGGCAUGGACUUGGCAUGGACCUGGCUUGCAUCAAUCGCUCAGGGUCAAGGCAACGAUCCACUGCCUGGCAGUGAGGUCGGAGCGGAUAAAGCCGUUGUUGGCGGUGAGCUUCCACGAUUCGUUGACGCCGUUCAUAGCCCAGGCGAGGCCCUUUGGUUUGUCGGCUUGAUUGAAGCUUUUGAGAACAUGGGCCACAGAGUCCUCAAAUCGCCCGAGCUUGCGAUGGUGGUCGUAGUGGCUGAAGACACUGGCAGCGAUCGCAACGACGACCCCUGCGAUGCCGGUGACGAGUGCGAGGGGAAUGAAGAAGAAGGCAGCGAUCGAUGCCACGAACAGGAGGAGCCCGAUAUAUACAAAGACGGUGCAGACGGCGUUGCGCUUGACGACGAGCGAGCGGCUGAGAACGUCGAUCCGGUUGCGGAUCUCGUUCUCGGAGAGCCGGUCGAGGAUAGCCGCUGGCAGCACCGGGUUCGGGGGCUCUGGGCUGCUGAUCACCCAGCCGGCAUGGAAAGUAGUGUACGAAAUCAGAAUCUGGGACAUGGCUCCGAGACAGACCGGGGCAGACAGGACCUUCGGAGCUGCCGCUGCAUCGGCUGCACCCAAAUCGGCUCGAAGGCAAAGCUCUGAAGCGCA